AUGGCACGGGAACGUCUGUAUGCCGCUGGGCGAAACAUUCUACUCCCACUUGGUGGAUUUGUUACUGGUUGGGUGACAUAUCGUGUUGUUGAGGAAAAAGGACUUAUUGAUGAGAGUUAUAUUCGACAGCUCCGCAUGGCAAAUCUCAAGAUGCAACUUUACCUACAGCAAAACGUUCUCCCUGUUACAUUUACAGAAAAGUAUUGUUAUCCUGAAGAUUUUUUGAAAACAAUGAUUGAACGUCUUUCUAGUGAUGCUGCUGACGAAGAACGCUGGACCUUUGAACAAGUGCUGAAGGAAUGUGCUGUAUCUGAUCAAAUUGCGUGGCUUGAAGAGCAUGUGACGUAUGAUAUUCCCUAUUUUUAUAUUUCAGAUCUCUUUAACAGUUGGUGUAGCCUACAUCGAAACCUCUUCAUUUCUGAAGAUGAAAAUGGAAAGGAGGAAAUCCAACUAGCAAACAAGGUUGCUAAUGGGGAUUCCUUUCUUUCAGAGGUACUCUGUAAUGGAGUAGUAGAGAAAACACUGAGUGGAGUCCUUCCAUAUGAUGUCGCCGUGCGUACACUGUGUGUGCUUGCGGUAGGCCACAAGGACAAUGCUCGGUUGCUUUCAAAAUUAAUAUCAUCUGAAACUAUUCUUGAACGAUAUGAGGACUACGUGUCGGAUCUCAGCAAACGCGAUAAAUUGUCUGGUGAUGUGAUUCCUUUAACAGAGGUGGGUGCCGCUACGCUGGAGCUCCUGCGUGUGAUGAAUGCUGUCACUCUUCAGCAGCAACAGAAACGGUGGAGCUGGUGGCCCUGGCGGCAUACGGCUGGUGAUGGGAGUAGUCAUAGUAACAGUGCGUACCCGCUGGCAGCGCAAUUAGAGAGAGAACGAUGGUGCCGUUGCUUUGGGGAGAUGCCGCCAGGGGUGGCGACGGUGUGUAGUGACGGGAGUCUUCUUUUUGCAGAUGCACUGACGGAGUUAUUCAAGUGUCGCAGUAAAGAAGAAGUUGUUGGCGCCGCGUAG